GUAUCUAGGGCUUGACAGAGCUAUGGCGUUCCAGGGCGCCAGGGUUCCUCUCAAUUGGUGGCAGCGCGCGGCCGUCGUGGCGGGUUCGGCAGUGGGAGCUGCGCUGAAUCCCGCUAGGGCGGAUCUCGUCGCUGCUCUGGGCGAGACCACGGGAGGAUUUGCGUUCCAGCGAAUGCUGGAGCGUAUGGAGCGAAGCCCCGAGGGCCAGAGAAUUCUCGCGGAGCGUCCCAGAGUGACAUCGUCGGCAAUGUCUCGCGCCUGGGAUCUCCCACCCAAUACCUUUGGCGCCGCCUACGCCCAGUUCAUGGGAUCCAGGAACUUUAGCCCCGACGAUCGCCCUCCAGUUCGAUUUCUAGAGUCCGAGCAGCUCGCCUACGUUGCGACACGAGCCCGGGAAGUUCACGACUUUUGGCACGUCCUCUUUAGCCUGCCCACCAGCGUCAUGGGAGAGCUCGCCUUGAAAGCUCUCGAGUUCCAGCAGACCACCAUGCCGAUGUGUUUCCUCUCGGUUGCCGGAGCUUCGUGGCGGCUCAAGCCACACCAGAGGGACGCGCUCUUCCGGGAGUUCAUCCCCUGGGCUUUCAAGGCUGGGAACUCCGCCACGGACCUGAUGUGCGUUUACUACGAGCAGCACCUGGACGAAGAUCUGGAAGACGUUCGCAGCAAGUGGGGCAUCAUUCCUGCGCCGGCGCUACGAAAAAAAUAGUUUUUCCGAGCCUCCUCAACUCGUCAACUUCGCCCAAGCUCCUGUGAGCCUCUUCUUCUACAAGAGCUUUGGUGCUGGAUAAAAGGUUGAGCAAUUGCCGAAGAAACUUGCCUGUGCACGAAUGGAAAAGUCAUUAGAACCGGAUCGCAAAAGCUCAGGUACUUACAUUCUCCUGAUGGACAUUUCCAGUUGUGUCGUUCGGAUCAGGUCUCUGAGAAGCCAAUGUUCCAGAGGCCUUCCGGUGUCGAGGGAGGAACGUACUUAUACCGAUGCUCACACCGCGAGUUCCCGUUUCGCCUGGGAGUUCCACACGUUGACGUUGGGAAUCUAGUGGGAAAACCACAUCGAGCAACCUGAAGCUCGUAGUGAUGCGACGGAGACACUGGACUUACAACGAUGGUAGAGGUGCGACUGCUUCUGCUAAGUCUCCAGGAAAGGAGUGGACUGCGCCUGUUAAGUCGGUGCGGAAGACAGCCGACGCGUGGAAUGCAAGUGCAAAAAGUUCUACCACGCGGCUUCGAUUUCUCAGCUCCAUGGCGAUCUCUUGAGGCGUGUCGGCUCUGGUGGUGAAGUCCGAGGAAUUGAAAUUUAGGUAGAAACUAACAUAAUAUCACAUUGCAACCCUAUUGAAGUAAAGCCUUGCAAGAAUUAAUUUAGCCCAAGGUAAAAA